AUGCGCAAGGAUUGGGCCUUCAGUGAUAAUUCUGGCGCCACCACGGACUGGCAGAUCAAGAACGUGACAAAUGCGCCUAAGUACGAUAAUAUGACAGCUUGCGCCCAUCUACCCGGUAUGGAUAAAGUCCUAGUCAUCUUGAAAACAGGCGCUACCGAAGCUUUGGACAAGAUCCCCGUGCAUUUAAGAACAACGCUGGAAUGCGUACAGCACUAUGUCAUCUUCUCAGACUUCGAGGAGUAUAUCUACGGAGUGCAUGUCCAGGAUGUUCUGCGCAGUGUUAGCGAAGGCAUGAAGCAAACGAACUCGGACUUUGGUAUCUACAAUCGUCUACGUGCAUCUGGGCGUGGUGGUCUCACUGCAGAUGACUGGCGGGACGAUGAGAACGGCCCCCUUGGGAAACAGGGAAACCCAGGAUGGAAACUUGAUAAGUGGAAAUUCGUGCCGAUGAUUGACGAAGCACUGCUUGCGAGCCCCUGGGCUCAUUGGUACGUCUUUCUCGAAGCAGAUACGUACAUAGUUUGGCGAAAUAUGGUCCGUUGGCUGUCACAACUGGACCAGAGGAAGGCAUUAUAUCUUGGGGCUCCCAUGCAAAUGGGAAGUCAGAUAUUUGCCUACGGUGGCGCAGGAAUAGUGCUCUCUAGAACUGCCAUGCGGUUAAUAUCUCAGUAUCGUGCCCAGAACUUCACGGUCGUUGAGCAGAUGACCGCGGAUGAUUGGGCUGGAGACCACGUGCUGGGCCGAAUCCUUGGUGACAUCGGUGUACCACUUAUCUGGUCAUGGCCUCUGCUGGUUCCAUCUAGCAUAUGGGAGUUUGAGUACUUUACCAAGGCUUAUGGUCGUCAGCCCUGGUGCUAUCCAGCCGUCUCAUUCCACCAUAUGUCUACGCAAGAUAUCUGGGAUAUGUGGUUGCUUGAGCAGCAGUGGUUCAAAUACCAGGUAGACGUGCCGUUGUUGCACAAGGAUAUAUUCAACUGGAAAUUAUACGAUGCGAUAAGCUCCAUGAAGGACGAUUGGGACAAUAUCUCCUCAGAUCAACAACCACGGAAUAUCAGUGAUUCACCAACUACCAGUGAAGAAUGUAAACAAAGAUGCUCUCUGAUCACAGACUGUCUUCAAUUUUCGUUCUCGCAUGAAGGGUGCCGGACCUCUAAAAAAGUUGUCGGGGGUGUUCCUCGGCCAGGAUUUCAUUCUGGCUGGGUGGCCACGCGAAUCAAGGCGCUCAUAAAAAAUGCAGGGAGAUGUUCAAAGGCACAGUACAUCACUGGAUAG